AUACUCAUAUCAUCAGACGUUCGGUUACGAUCACCGAAACGAGUUCAAUGCGAAUAUAUUCACGGCACCAGAGCAACUACAACUACAACUACAACUACAAUAUUAAUAUAAAGACCAUACGCAGUGUUGACCCUCUUUGAAAAGUGACAAAAUCUAGGAGAAUACAUAAAAAAUAUUUUAAUUUAAAAUAAAAAAAAACACAAAAUCAAAACAAAUACUUACCUCAAUAUGAACAUAAAGCUAAAUAUGUGCCGUUCCGUUUUACUGGCCCUCAUUGCCGCUUGCCUGCUGCAGGAGGCUCAUUCAUAUUGCUCAUUGGAGAAGAUGAAAAAAUUUGCCAUGGAAGCCUGUGAGCAUCUCUUUCAACAGGACGAGGCAAGCAGGGGCAAAAGAUCCGUUGACUACAAGCCGCAUCAUCUGAAUCGUUUGGGAUUUGGCAAACUGCACGACAAACAUCAUUACAUCAGUCGCGGCAACUUUCCAAAUGGUGGCUAUCUGAAAGUGAAUCGGGAGCAUUAUCACAUAUUAAGCGAAUUGGACAUUAUUCCACGUUACAAGCCAAGGAAGUUCCAUCAUGAGAAGAAGGAGCGUGAGCGUUACAAGCGAGAUCAUUCGGCCAGCUCUUACAAUAAUAUCCCCUACUGUUGCUUCAAUCAAUGUGACGAGGAGUUCUUCUGCUAGGUGACACCUAGCCCGAGCUCACCUCCCCGCUUCCUCAACAUUCCCACUCAUUACACACAUCCAGUCUCAUCACAACAACAACAUAACUGAAUCCGUCCUUAGUUUUUAAGCACUAACCAAGCGCGCUUGGCUCUUAUAGAGCUUUGGGUACCUAAUUCUGUUGCCAAUAAUUAUUAACCAUAUAACAUUUAUAUGGUAACAGAAAAUUUCAGUACAGUAUUACAAUUCUAAUAGAAAAUAUUUAAGUGUGAAUUUUUAAGCAUAAAUACAAUGUAUAUAUUAACUAAAUCAUAAAUUCCACAAAAAAUGUGAAAUUUCCCUCAAUUAUUAGACUAUAGAUUACCAAAA